AUAUUGGCGUCGAAUCCGCGGUUAAGUCGACCGAAAGGUGUGUUUUGUGGUCCCGAAGAAGUGGUCGGAAGUGUUAGAAGUGAUGGCAAAGCGAAAGAAGAACUCGCGGAGGUGGAGAGCGAAGAGAGGGAAGAGGGAGAGGUCGAGGACGACGACGAAGACGUGGAAGAGUUCAACGAUGGCUACGACGAGAACCUGAUGGGCGACGAAGACGACCAGAAACGGCUCGCAUUGAUGACAGAGAAGGAGAGGGAACAGGAAUUGUUCAAUCGGUCCGAGAAGAGGGAAGUGUUGAGAACGCGCUUCGAGAUCGAGAAGAAGCUCCGGAUGGCGAAGAAGAAGGAACUGAACAAAAGCCAAACCGAUGUCUCGCAGAGGAGUACCGAAAGGCGCCGUAAUUUGGAGGACAAGCGGAAAGUGAAGGAUGCGAUCAAAGACUUGAAGUCGAUUCGCGAGAAGAAGAGAGAGAAGUCUCUCAAACAACAGAGACUCAGAGCCGCAGACAACGCCAGCCGUAAGUCGUCGUCGUCUUCGUCGAGCUCUUCCUCGUCGUCGGACGACUCGGACGACGAAAAGCCCGCAAAACGAAACGACAGCAAUAAAAAGGAUUCCGACGACUGGGAGGACCACAACAGCGAUCGCGAAGACGAGGCCGAAGCCGAGGCCUGGAAUUUGACUAUCGAUCACUUGAAUGAGAUCCGAUUGUCGCGAUUCAAAAUGGAGAAGUGGUGUCACUCGCCCUUCUUCAAGGACACAGUGACCGGUUGUUUCGUGCGGAUCAAUAUCGGACAGAAUCCGGCGACGAAAACCAGUUGUUAUGUCGUCGGGCAGAUCACGGAUGUGAGCGAAACCGCCAAGACUUACAAUUUGGGCAAAACUCGAACCAAUAAAGGGAUUAAAUUACGACACGGAAGACAAGUGGAGAGAGUGUAUCGCUUGGAGUUCGUGUCGGACAGCGCUAUCGGACCGCCGGAGUACCAGAAACAAGUGGAGAGAGUGUAUCGCUUGGAGUUCGUGUCGGACAGCGCUAUCGGACCGCCGGAGUACCAGAAGUGGUUGCAGUCGAUGGAAAAGGACAGAUGCGAACUCCCGAACAAAGACUUCUACGAACGCAAGAAGCGCGACAUCAACAGCGCUGUCAACUACUCGUACAGCAACGACGACAUUGAGUCCAUCGUUCACGAGAAGGAGAGGUUUGAGAACAGACCAGUCAAUUACGCCAUGAAGAAGAACCGACUCAUGCGCGAGAAGGAGACGGCGGAACUCAAUGGCGACAACGAUCGCGUCGAACGCAUCCUCCAAGAGAUCGACGAACUCGAGGCCGAGGCCAAGAAGUUGGACAAAAAGCGGACGCAAAACAUUGCCGCCAUUUCGUACAUCAAUGAACGCAAUCGCAUGCGAAACAUAUUGGAGUCCGAGAAAGCACUCGUCGAGGAGAGCAGCGCUCAAAAGGCAUCGCUUAAAGACGAUCCGUUCACUCGACGCAAAUGCACGCCAACUAUGAUCCAUAUGUUCAACAAAAACAAAGUCAAACCCGAAGCCGAUUCCUCUGCCGAUAACGUGGACUCGUCUAAGAAGUCUGACUCAAAAGGCGAUACAACAGCCGAAGAGAAUGGCAAAGAGUCGGCGCCCGGAGACCAGAGCAACGGCGCGGACGGACUGUCGAAACUGUCGGCCAACGCGGCGGCUGAGAGGCCGAUGUCACCCAAUCAUCACAACGACUUGUUCUCUGCACACAAUUUUGACAUAAAAAUUGAUUUUGAUGUCGACAUCGGAAUACCGGCCUCUUCUUCGGCCAACAGUUUUUCAAACAGUUCUAUCACUUCAAACAUCAGUCCAUUCAUAACACCGAAGCCAUCGAAUAGACGAUCACUUAAUUUAGACGAAUAUAAGAAGAAAAAGGGACUCAUUUAA